AUGGUGCGCGUAAUGGAUGGUUACAAUAAAAUUGUUUUUCCUCAUUGUGGUUGUGGCAAUCGUAAAGAUGGUGAUGUUAUAUUAGAAGUUGGGUUUUCUCAGCUGGUUAUACGAGCAUGUGAUUACGAGGGUAAUCUGCAGGAAGAAGAACUUGUAUUCGACUGGACCGACAUUUUGGAAUACAAAGUUGUCGAUAAUGGUGCUACAUUUUCAUUUGAAUACGCUCGUUCACAAAAGAAGCCGAAAUCAGUCAAAUUAAGCACUCAGUUUGCGGUGUAUAUGAAUUUUUGCUUUUCACGAAUACUCGAGGAACGUGAAAGACGCGCUGGAAUGAAUUUUUUAAAACAGAACUGUUAA